AUGGACAUCUUCGGUACCGUUCUCGGGGUUGCGCAGGCGGCACAUUAUGUCGUCAAAAAGGUGGGUGAGAUCAAGGAUGCGCCUGGAGAGCUCGAGAGACUCGUUAUUAGAAUCAAGGCGUCGGUCGCCCUCUUGGAGCGCAUCGUCGAGCUGUCGGAGAACCUCAACGAGGCCGACCGAGAAGCACUGAGCGGAGAAUGUGGGCCUGCGUUACAAAAAGUCCGUAGACUUCUCGAAGACAUCACACAGAAAUACAAAGGACUGGAAGGCGCAGACGUGUGGAGGAAGCUUCGCCAUGGCAUUCCAUGGAUCAGGGAGAAGAAGGAUAUCGAAAGCAAGGUGAAGGAGAUGAAAGAUGCGGAAGCGGUUUUGGAAGGAAUGGUCACCGUCCUCAUGGCCAAAGACACGAGGGAUGUGAAAGAGCAAGUUGAGCGCCUGCAGCAUAUGAUGGAGAAAGCCCAGGCGAUUGUCGAUCACGACAGGAUCAAGGCUUGUCUUGAUUCACUCCCCCGGGAUGACGGGGACAGCGAAAUGGACAAGCAACUCGCCAAUUCUCAGCACAGUCCACCCAGUUGGAUUCUCGAGAGCCACGCAGUGCGCGGCUGGCUGAGUGAGAAGAAAGCAGAGUCUCGAUGGUUGUGGGCCCUCGGCGAACCUGGAACCGGCAAGACGUGCAUUGCCUCUUUCAUGGUCGACCAGCUACGCAAUACAAACUUGGCCCUCUUAUCCAGCUCACAGAUCGAUCUUGAUGAAUCAGAUGCAACCUCGAUCCCGGAUGUUGCUGCUGCAUUAUUCUACUGUAGCUACAAAAAGGGACAAGCCCAAGAUGUCGGCAGCAUCUGUCGAUAUCUGGUCCGGCAAUUGCUUUACCAGCUCUGGCAUGCGUCGUCAACAAAGGCGUACCAACGCCUCGAAUCCACCGAAAGGAUGGUCGCAGGCACAAUGGUAGCCGGCAACGCACCUAAGCCCCAAGCGAUUCUCAACAGCAUAGCUGGCGACUUCUCCACAACUUUCAUUAUUGUCGAUGCCCUGGAUGAGCAUCCCGAGAAGGACGAGGUCCUGCGAUUUCUGAAGAACUUGUCAAGUCCGUCCAUCAGGAUAUUCGUCACCUCACGUGAGGGCUUGGGCCACUACGCCGAGGACAUCCAUGCACGCAUCCUCGAUGUCAAUGACAACGCCGCGGCCCUGCAGACGUAUGUGACGACAACUUUGGAGCUUAUAGUGCAAGGUGACCCCUCAGUUACUUUUACAGCUCCAAAGGCUCUUGUGGCUGUUGCAGCAAGCCCUGAGAAGCGGCAAGAUAUCGCAAAUCGCGUGAUCAACGCAGCGAACGGGAACUUUCUCUGUGCCCAAUUGCAGUUACGGGCAUUGAUGUCUGAACGUGAGGAGCGCUCCCUGCUGAGACUACUUGAUCGGCUGGCUACGAGGCUGGAAGACCUCAUCGUCGGGGCCAUCGAGCGUGUUGACAGCCAACAGUCACAGGAUGAUGCGGAGGUCGGUAAGCUUGCGUUGCUUUGGGCCAUCUACAGUUGCGGUAGCCUCACGGUCAAGGAGAUACAGCAUGCCAUAGCCUUCUCCCGCACUCAUUACUCACGGAGACGAGCGUAUGGCGACGAGGCCGAGGAGUACACCAUACAGAAGCUCACAGAGUCGACCUGCUAUUUCCUCAGGAUUGAUGCUGGGAACGACCCGGCUUCCGCAAAAGUCCAGGUGCACAAGGCCGUUCGCGACUUCUGUCACGAUGUCACAAAGAAGGGGAAAUACUUUGAAAAAGCAGAAAUUACCAUGGCUACUGCGUGUGUGGACUGUCUUUCUCAAAUAGAUCAAGAUUGCAAGACCAAGAGCGACUGGGACCAAGUUGUCACGCAGUCCCCAUUCCAGCGUUACGCCGCGCAGCACUGGGGCUGGCAUCUCUCUCAAGCCAGCAACGAGGCGAGAGUUAUCAAACUGAGGGAGAAGGCGUGGGAGGAGAAUCUGGUUGAACAGCUCGAGAGCGAUGCGUUUCUUAACAACAUGACAAUUGCUACCCAGCCAGCAUGGGCACAGUUGGGCGUAUGGCAAGAUCGGAUGUGGGAUAUGCUGAGCGAAGAUGAUGGCGAUCCAGUCUUUCACGCAACGCAUUACCUCGCCCUACACAACUUGGAUGACAUGGCCAAAGACUGGCUAGAUGAUCACCCUGAUGAUGUUGAUCGCCCAAGUCGCCGCACGAAUGACAAAGCAGACUCUGGAUUCUCCCCUCUGAUUCUGGCUGCCUUCACAAAUUCCGCAGAGGUUGCCAAGGUCUUGAUGCAAAAGGGUGCCAACGCAACACGAUACAAUGGGCCGGAUGAAAUGACAGCUCUGGCUGCGGCAUGCUCAGCUCGUGCAGAAACGGUGGUCAAGGAGCUGCUACGUGACAAAGCCAGGGCACAAAAGCUCGUCUGUCAAAUUGACUCGAGACAGGAGACCCCAUUAGUCAAGGCUGCCAUAUCCGGAAGCGAAUCCAUUGCCAGCCGUAUUGUGCAAAGGCUCGAAUCCAUGCCAAGAGGGCUGGAGACGCUUCUUCGUGGGGACACUGAUGAGAAUAACGCUCUGCACAAAGCAGCUUAUGUGGAUCAUGUUGAGGUCGUGGACGUCCUCCUGAAGACGAAGGGCGCUCACGAUCUUGUUCGACAACACACAAUAUACUGGAAAGACACACCACUGCAUCUGGCUGCCCUGCAUGGCAGCACCAGAGUGCUUAGGUCGCUCUUGAAUGCAGGUGCCAGUCCAAAUGCGCUGCAGUCACAGAAGAAGACACCACUCAUGCUGGCCGUCCAGUCGCCAGUUGUGUCGACGGGAGACAACGUCGCCAUCCUCAUACCCAUCACCGAUCUCACCGUUCAGGAUCAAUGGGGCUGUAAUGUCCUGCAUAAUGCGGCCGUACAUGGCCGCAGGGCACAUGUUGCCACAUUGGUGAAACACGUUCCUCACGACGUCCUCCACGCCAAGCAGAUAGACGGCUGGACAGCGCUUCUGGCCGCCGUGCGGGUCAAGGCUCUGUACUGGAAAGACUGUGUUGACCAUCUCAUCGGCGCCAUGGGCCGUGAGAUAAGUGCCUUUGAGGCGCGCGAAGUCUUCACGGUGCUCUGCGACCACGGAUUCGCACGCGUCUGCCGACGGCUGAUUGAGCAGUUCGACGACCCACGUGUCUUCCUGGCCGACUCGAACCAUACGCUACUCCGCAGAGCAGUCAUGUCUGGCGACAAGGCUAUAGUGGCAGCGAUUAUCGACCGGUACGGGACAGGCGACCUCGAGGUUCCGAACCCCUUCGGCCAGACGCCGUUGGUUGAGGCUUCGGGGCGGCAGUUCACCAAUGCUAAGCUCAUAGAGUACCUACUAGAGAAGGGAGCCAAUGUGAACGCACAGGGUGGAGCGGGCCGCACGGCCAUGCAUUGGGCAACGGAGAUGGGAAGAAAGGAUAUCGUGGAAAUAUUGAUGCGCUACAAGCCGGACCUCACCAUCAAGGACUGCCACGGAGUAACGGCCGCAAUGAAGGUAUCAUCACGCAAUCCAUGCAGAGAGGUUCUGCUCAAAGCAGGUGUAUACCCUGAGGGAGAGGAGACGGUGACGAAGGAGCGGGAGAUACUGAGUGCCUCUCGAGACGCUACAAGGGUGGUCAUCGGGAGCAGCACCCGGACCAGCGUUCCGAAAGAGCGUAUGCUGGGGUACGAACGCGGUGUCUACCUAGAAACAGACCGUCUGCCCAACGACCUCCAAAUCCCAGUCUCGCGCAUAGCUGUGUCCGUGACGGGACGUGACCAAGGGUGGAGUGACCACGUCGAGAGAUAUCCUCGAGAUCGCGGGUCAUACCGAUUCUGCAACACGUGGUAUGAGAUCGGCAUCAAGAGGGCUCCUGGGAGUAGACCACCGCCACCUCCAGUUGAGCUUACACGCAACCGACUAAACGCCGGCUCCCAAACAUAUUCCGGUGUCUGGGACGUGGACAAGGGGCACGAGACGCCCGGUUUGAGUAGAUGGACGAGACCGGAGGACUUUGAAGAGGUGAAGAAGUUCCUAUGGGCGCUUCAGCCUGGCGAUCGACUGCAGUUGAUUGGUAGAGCGCAGUGGCUUGGAUGGGAGUGCGUCAUUGAAAAAGCUGAAAUCAAGGUCUUCUGUAAUUGA